AUGGAGGUGUGUGCUGCUUCAUUUGAUCGGCUCUGCCUGAUGUUGCUCCAUUCGGGGCUUUUGGGUUUUUACCUGAUUGGUAGAAAGAUAGAGAUCGUGGGUUCAAAAGCACCCAAUUCUCCUCCAAGGUUAUUUUUCCGUCAUGCUGGGCACAGGGACAAGGUUGUUGACUUCCAUUGGAAUUCGUCCGAUCCCUGGACAAUAGUUAGUGUUUCUGAUGAUGGUGAAAGUACUGGUGGAGGUGGUACACUGCAGAUAUGGCGGAUGAUUGAUUUGAUUUACAGACCUAAGGAAGAAGUUCUGGCUGAGCUAGACAAAUGAAGUCUCACAUUCUCUCUUGCACCUCUUGAACUUCUCAUAAUAAGAAGAAAGAUCAGCGGGGUUAAUGACUAACUUGAAGUGGGAAGCAAGUUAACCAUGUUCGAUUGUUUUGUGUAAAAAGGAGCUCAUCAUCCUCGAGUUUCAUCCUUUUUUAUGAUGCUAGGGAUUAUUUAGUGCAUCUACUUGAGGUUUAGUUUUUGUCUCGAUGUGGACAUGGAGUCUGACAAACUUGUUCUCCAGCAUUCCUUAAGGCCAUGGCUAAGAGGCUCGUUUUGGUUGCUUCAUUAGAUUGUGAAGAGAUUGCUUAAUACUUAA